ACGACACGAUAGGUCUUAGCGGUACGUCGGCCUUAUGGAUCUUCGGUAAACCGCAGAUUCUAGGCGGCUGUUUGUGUCGGGGUCGGAUCUUGUUGUAAACGGCCUCUGAUAGAUAUCCGCUUCGCUUCAAGGUGAGCAGCUUUUUCUUGCGGGUCAGACGGUCUGUUGGAUCUUUGUUGAGGAGUGGUAGGGUCCGUUCUCAAUAAGCGUAGACAUCUUGGCACGGUAGGUGUCGGUAUCCACGACUACGCGAGCGCGCCCUUUGUCCAUUGGGAGGACCACGAUGGACUCGUCGUCUUUCAGGUUUUUAAGUGCAUCUCGCAUCUCCGUGAUGUUAGGCUCUGGUGGUUCCGCCUAUUGAAGGAUACCGUUAACAGCUCUUCUAACAGUAUCUGCUUGUUCGGCGUCGAGUUGUCUUACGGCUGCUUCGACCUUGGCGAUGAUCUCUGUGGCAGGAAUAUUCGCAGGAGUUACGGCGAAGUUCAGUCCUUUCUUCAGUAGGGCUCUCUCGGCAUCGCUAAGGGACCUAGAAGAUAAAUUAACCACCCAGUUAGCUUUGUCAACAUACGGUGUGUCAACCGGUGACACAGUCGCCUGUUUUUCUCAAAUGAGUUUUUCAAACUUCUGCUUAUGUCUGUCUUUGGUGGUGUUGAAGACUCGUUGGGUGUUGGUCUUAAUCUGCUCUAGUAGCCUGUUGGCGUCGUUUGUCGAGAGAGCGGAUGUUAUGCUCUGUGCUGUGGAUUCUGUAUCCUUCUUUGCAUCUCCCUUGGCCUUCUGUGUCAGUCUGAUCCGUUCCCUUAGGAAUCUCAUGGAUGCGAGUUCAGCGACUCUGCGUGCGCCUUUGGUGGGAACUGGCGGUCGAACUCGUAGAUCUUUAGGAACAACGCGGUUCUUGAUGCACCUUGUUAGGAAGACUGAUUUCAGCAUCAAAGGAGAAUUAAAAAUCAGUCUUGAAUAUGAAGAACCUGAAACUCUGAUAGUAACCAUCCACAAAGCAUUCAACAUCAAGGCUGGAAACACGCUGAGGAACACAUCUGAUGCCUUUGUCAAAUGUGCAAUUUCUGGAACUAGUUUUCAAUAUGAAACCAAGAAUCCAGGUUUUCAGGGGGAUAUGGCUGGUAUCUUUUUUUCCCUGAAGUAGUGUUUGUCGACAUUAGCCAACAAUUUCUUGACUUCAAUAAAAGAAUAAUAAGUAAAAAAGAAAAAAAAUUGGUUCACCUACUCCUCAAUAGCUCUUACAGCUAAUAUUCUAACUGCAGGCAACUGUGCUGACUGAAGACUUGUGACAGAUGCUUUGAUGAAGCUGAACAUGAGAAAUGUUUACAAGCUAAGAGCUCAAAGAUAAACUCGUGAAAGACUGGAGAAUUUCAAGAAUUUAAAAAAAAAAAAAAAAAGAACCACUCAAGCUACACUUAAGACUAGGGCAUUCUAGUAUGCCAUAACUGUUCUUUAGCUAGUCAGUUAAUUGUAAGUCAGUUCCUUAGAAUGGUCAGAUGCAUCUCAUGACAACAAAUUCUCCAGCAUAUUUUUUGUAAUCAUAUUCUCUUAGGUGAAGAGCCUCUGCUUGUACGCUCUCAAGCUAUGCAGACUAAGGCAUUUAUAUUAAGUAAUGACUGUCUUUUAGCAAGUCAGUCAAUUGGAAAUCAGUAAGGAUGAUCAGACACAUUGCAUAACAACAGUCAUAUUCUCCAGCCUUAUGGUUACCAUGUUUUCUUAGGUAUGGAGCCUCUGCCUGUGUGCACUCAAGCCACACUAAAACUUGGGCAUUAUAAUAGGCCAACACUGUCUUUCAGCCACAACCAUCAUUUGAGGCAAGAAGACCACACACGACUCAGUUUGACUUCAUCACACUUACCAAUUAACAUCUCCUUGGCUUUUUCUUUCAUUUGAUUCCUGUAAAUGUUUGUUGAGUGCUUUUGUCAAUGUGACUGCACUUUCAUUUUACAAAGUCAGCAGCAACGUCUACAAAAUAUCAGUUGAAGACUAUGCAAAAGUUUGUUACAAUUCCUUGAGACCACUUAAUGAUAUAACUACCUGGACACGUUUAUAAAAUUAUUACAAGCACAUCUUGUGUGUGUGUUUCACAUCCAAUUUACAUGCUUGAAACACACAAAUGGGUGUAUUAAAAUCAAACGCAAUCUUGUGUAAUGCACUGGUAAAUUACACACAAUCAGCUAAUUGUAACAUAAUAAGUGAGCCCCAUAAGAAAACGGUGUGCACACUAAGACUGAAGGUGUGAAUUGAAUGUUGAAGCUGUUCCAUUCACUUACCAAGAGAACAUCUUGAACUGCAAUGCGAACAGAAAACGAAAAGGUGUCAUCAUCCUCAUCUUCAGCAAAUUGAUUUGGAUUGGAUGUCCACACUUGCCUUGAAGGAGGCAAAUAACAGCAAAAAAGGUUUUGUUUGAUCAAUGUGACAAGUAUUGAUAAGCCACCUGUUGUUGGGUAUGUGAGUGCAAAAUAGACUAGAGAUAAUAGGCUGGAAAUAAAAAUGAAAAACAAAACCCACCUGCUCUUCUGUGAUUUGCAUGUACAACACUAAGAAAUGAACAAGUUCAUCUAAAAACUUCUUGACAGUUUUCUUGCAUUUUGGUGUUUCCGUAAGUCCACAGAUAAACUCAAAAACACUGAAAACAAGAUUCUCAAAUCCCAACACUUCUCCUAAGACACAAGAAAAGAAAAAGUAGUGAUGGUAAGAAGAGGCCUACAUUCUUGCUCUCAUUCCCAGCCAAAGGUAGUGUGGAUUGUGUAAUUACAAAAGGAAGCCAGCAUACCAUGAAACAAGGAAUAAGGAAGCAAUCCAUACAAUAAACACAGAAAAAGGUUUGCUAUAUAAAAUCAGACUAAUCAAAAACCAACCUUUAGCACUUCCAUCUUCAGGCCACAUUCAAGUGUGGAACUAUCAGACAUUGCCAGAACUUCAACAAAUGCUUGGGUGAAUUGUGGAAGAAGAGGAAAGAGGACAUCCUUGGCAAUACCCUGUAAUGAGAAUUUGUUAAAAAUAUUGUCCAAUUUCUAAUUAAAAAUGAAUAACAAACAAAAUUGCAAUACUACUGCUUGCAUGCGAAACUUUUAGUCU